UCUGCAGUCUUCACGGAUGGAAGGGCUGAGCAGUUAUUAACAAUAAAUGGAGCAGUUCCCAUAAAUAGUUCCGGUAGAGUUCGUCACUCUGUACCAAUCGCAUUGUAUCUUCGAAAAAACUUUCCAUUAUCUGCUCCGAUUUGUUUUAUCAGCCCAGAGGAAAACCAAGAACUUUUAACUACUGGUAUGGUUGACUCUAACUGUCGGAUUUCUUUAUCCUAUCUUGAAGAUUGGAAAUGGCCGGGAAGCGACCUUCGUUCUCUUUUUGAAAUUAUGAUUGUCGAAUUUUCUUCUGAAAUACCUUUAAUA